CACUUGAAGAAGUGACGCGUUAGAUGCAGUUGGACGCCAACACCAGUGUUUGUUAAAAGGCUGGAGAUAUAUAUUCAAGAUUCUCAAGGUUCAAGGAUCUCUCUUAACUUGAACUGCGUAUUAUCUGAAGCAUCCAAAGUUGGGAUUAGAGUUCGCGUGCAAUCGGACGGCAGGCAAGGUCCAUCGUUAAAACAUUCUCUACUCUUAGAAAUUGUGGCCACUGUUCUCAUCAUCAUCAUCAUGGCUGGAAUCUUCACAGAAUCAUCACAGACAUUAUCGGAGAACGAGAGUGCCACAAGCACAGAAGAACUACGCGGAAACGAGGAGCACAUUACGAUCGAUGCUCAUCCGGAACUGCAGCCAACAGUAGCUCACGAAACCAGGGCAUUGGAUACACCUGAGGAUAACGUCACACAUGUCACCGCAUCUCCUGACGCCUCGCUGUCUGAGCCAACUAUUGCAGGGUUCGAGGUACACGAAUGUCUACAGCAACAUGCAGGAGCAGUCAGCAUAGAAAGAGAUGUCUCGACCUGUUCGAUCCAAGUGGACUCAGGAGUGAUAAGAAGAGACUCGGGCGUCAGUAGAAUACCGGAACAAUAUUCGGAGGAUGUCUUGUGGUACGACAUGGCAUAUAAGAAUGGCGCUGGAACGCGCGGAAAAUGUGUCAUCUUCAACUUCUCGAAGGUUGCUGGAUAUCCUGAACGAAUUGGAACCAAAAAAGACGAAGAGGUGAUACGAACGCUCUUUGGAGGACAGCUUGGAUUUGAUGUUGAUGUGCAUGAUGAAAAAACAAAAGAGGAGAUGCUUAAAAAGCUUGAAAAGUUGGCUGACGAGGAUCACUCAAGUUCAUGCUGCCUCUGCUUGUUCCUGUUGAGCCAUGGGAAUGAUGAUGCCAUAAUCUGCAAAGACGGCGAAAAAAUUCAACUGUCCCACGUGUAUUCUACGUUCGACCCAAGGAACUGUAAAGGUCUGGCUGGUAAACCUAAGUUGUUUUUCGUUCAGGGUCAUUCAAGAGCUAUCCCCUCAGAAGAAAUAGCUGAAGAUCAUCUCCACGGACCUAGCGCGCGACAAACUUUUCAGCACGAUCCUUCUCAGUCCGAAGAAUGGAGGUUGGAAACCCAGCCCACACCUGCAACAACAAAAGAGAUAACACAGGCUUGCCGCGGUAAAGAGAUAGACACAGGGAUCCAACAUGACGGUCCAGCUGAUACUGCUGCGUGGAACUUCGGAAGAACGCUUCCCAUAUAUGCUGAUUUCUUCGUCUUCUACGCCACAUGCCCUGGUGUGCCCGCCUACAGAGACGAAAAUCAUGGAUCAUUAUUCAUUCAGACGCUCUGUGAAGUCCUGGCGAAAGAAUUCCGCCACAAGGAUUUCCUGACCAUGAUGACACUUGUCAAGCAUUGUGUUUCAGACGAAGAUAUUUCCGUCGAGAACCGAUGCGGGUCAAACAGACCGAUGCGGGUCAAACAGAUGCCGCACAUAAAUUCUACGCUGAGGAAGAAUUUACACUUUGCGGGCCAGGGAAUGGACUCUGGAGCAUAUCCGGUCAUCGUGCGCCCCAGCCAUAACCCGGACUGUUUGGAAUUAGGGAAUGAUAACUUGGCACGGCUUCUCACCGACCCCGUUGUUGCAGACCUCCCUGUGGUGGUCUUGUCAGUGGCAGGAGGAUUCCGCCUCGGAAAGUCCUUCCUUCUCGGCUUCUGUAUCAGGUAUCUGGAACACUUGGAGACGUCGUCGCAUCCAUCAGGUUGGAUGGACAAGGACAAUAUACCCUUGACAGGCUUUUCUUGGAAAUACGGCAGCAAAAGACAUACAACUGGCAUUCACCUGUGGGGAAAAGUUUUCAAAAUCAAGACCCCGAAACACGGGCUCGUGGCUGUAGUCCUCAUGGACACGGAAGGCGCAUUCGACAACAGGUCCACGCUGGAAGGAAAUGUCACAAUUUUUUCAGUGAGCAUGCUGCUGAGCUCUGUCCAAGUGUACAACCUCAACAAACAAAUAACCCAGUCCGAUUUGGAGCACCUGAAGCUAUUUGCCGAGUAUGCUAGCAUGGCAAGAAGUAAGGAGCGCCAGGGCAAUGAAGUGUUCCAGAAGCUCCUGUUUCUUAUUCGUGACUGGCAAUAUCCUGGAGAGGAACCGUUUGGACUGGAAGGAGGACAAGAGCUGCUUGAUCCUUGGCUUGAAAGGAACCACACACUGCCCCGUGAAGUCUACGAACUGCGCGAAAACAUCAGCUCCAGCUUCGCCGAAGUGAGAUGUUUCCUGUUGCCUAGACCUGGUGACGCGAUAGAGAACUCGAGCUUCGACGGAAAACUUCGUGAUCUUUCUACAGAUUUUAAAUGUCACAUAAAGGAUCUCGUGCCUUUUCUUCUUUCACCCGAAACGGUUGUUCCAAAAAAGAUCAAUGGAAGGAUUGUUACGUGCAAGGAGCUCGUGUGCAUGUUUCAGGCUUAUUUCAGCGUCUUCAACCAUAAGGAGCUCCCUCAACCCAUGUCUAUCUUCAACGCAACUGCAUUUAUCCACAACAAGCGAAUAAUGGACAAGAUCGUUGGAAAAUAUGACAACGCGAUGGAAGCGAUCGUUCAUUCCAACUCUGACACUGACAUUCAAAUGGAACAUGAUAGACUGACAAGAGAGUGCUUGUCAGUGUUCCAAGAUGAGCAAAAGAUGGGAAAGCAUGACGCAGAACUUCGGGAACAGCUCACCAAGGUACUCAUUUGGCAUUUUUGUAAGGGAUACACAUCGAGAAGCGGGGAAGAAAUGGCAGCUCAGCGUACUGGGAGAUUCCGUUGUACAAUGCCUCUCGAACGAUUGGAUUACACUCAGAGGGGGUCACGUGACGAUCUUAACGCCCGCUACGAUUUGUGGAGACAUGCCCGUGAUAUGUGGAGGAAGUACACCCACGAUAUGGAGCAUCGAUUUGGGGAAGAGCGAGAAAAGGCCAAGCGUGAUUUUCAAGAAACUCUCGAACAGCACAUGGAAGACGAGAGGAAGAAAUAUGAGGAACAUAUGGAUUCUAUGGCCAGAACACACAGUCUAGAUGUGGAACAGAUGAAAAAGGCUAUGGAGACUGCAUCUUUAAAGAAUCGAAUCUGGGACAUUGGGUUGGCGAUCGCAAACGCUCUCCCUGGUCUUUGCCAAGCUGGAGUCGGCCUUUUGAAAAUAUCUCGGAAGUAUCCCAGAGGUCCUCGCUGAGAAACCCAGUGGCAUCCAUCGACAGUUUGGCGUUACCUGAGUAGUAUAUGAUCAGCUCAAGAAGCCGGCAAGUCACACAGUCGCCUGGACGCCAUUAAUUAGCAAUUAGAGCUAAUUGGGACCCCCCACAUUAAUCAGGACCCUCCAGAGAGUCAUUACACUAAUUGGGGACCAUCUAAGACACGUCCAGACCACUGUGUGAGUUGCCGGCUACUUGAGCUGAUAAAAAAUAAAAAAAUAGGUAGAAAAUAAAAUGAAAAGAUAGAAAUAGA